UUUGAGGCGAGAUUGUUAUUAUUCGAUUACUCCCACUGCACAGCUAGUAGAAUUAAUUUGAAUUUUUUUGGUUUGAAUUUUAGUAUAUAAUUAUGUCUGAUGAUUCAAAAUUACUAGAAGACGCGAUCUACGAACUCUCCCAGUUGGAUUCGAACGUUACCACGUUGCGCAAGGCGUUGACCGUUUAUGAAGCAGAGGCGAGUGAAUCAGCUCAACUCGACGUGGAUAUCCGCCUGUUAGAAACUAGUAGCACGGUACUCUGUAAUUCACUCGACAAGGCGAUUCGGCUUGUUUCACCGAAAAUUACUUACGAUUUGCACUCGAGGAAUCAAGAACUGGAAAGUCUAAGGGCGUACAAGAGGAACUCCGAGCGUUCGUUAAAAGCACAAUGCGAGAAGAUAGCAAAACUAGAGUCGGAUCUUGCAGUGGCAAAGGAUCAUCUUUUUAGGCAAGCGAUCGGACAGUUUGAGUCUGUUUCAUGGAUUGGUUCGAUAAUGGGUGCGAUGCUGUGGAAAUCCUGUAAACAGCAUGAAAGUGUAAAGGCACUGAUCGGCACUGAUAGUUUGAAGGAAUUUCUUGGAAUGGCUAAUUGUGUUCUUAGUAGUUUCGUGAGUCGACAAAGUAAUAGCAAUGUCUUAUUGUUACCUGAAAGUGAAGAUUACAAGUUCCUGGCGUCACUUUGUGGCGCCUUGACAAAUUUGGCUGCCUUUCCGGAAGGAAGAGCCCACUUAGCUACCGAAGCAGAUGGACUUCUCUUUGCGAAUAGUUUACUUCACGCGGUUCAUCUUUUUCGAAUGCCCGCGGGAAGACUACUUAAGCGGAUGUCGCUAACCUUUGUGUACAACAUCUGCCUUGAACAGAAUGGCGCUCGGUUUGUUAUGGAAGACGAAAAUCGAUUACGUAAUGUGAUAGACUGUUUGGAUCUAGUUAAUUCGGAAGAUGUGUUGACAUUAGCCGUCAGCUUACUGAUGAAGUUGAUCAAGGCAGCACCGGAAUUCGAAACUAAAGCUACUAUCGCUCGUCAAAUCCCUAAAACAAUUGUUAAGCACAUGAUUGACACUAACAACCCGCAGCUGAAAGAAACCGCCGCUCAUUUAGUGGAAUUGGUAGAAUUUGACUGGAUGAAGGCGGCAUCAGAUGCAGGAAACGAUUGAUAUUUUACAAUGACAAGAAU